AUGCAGCUGCCAGUCUCAUUGGGCCUGCUCACUGUGCUGAUUUCUUCAGUUACAGCGAGAUACUAUGACUGGGGUGAAUAUCAUCCAAAGGCCUACUGCACCGCCCAUAUUUACUAUUGUGGAAAGACCCUUCUGACUGUCGGAAACUACAGGGAUCAGAUAAAGGACGUUUUACGUAGCGAGGGAUAUCCGCUAGACGAUUGGCACAUCAACAACGUUCUCCUCUACUGUCGGAAGGGGACGUCAGACGAACUUGGUUUUGAGAGAAUGCCUAAAUAUCAAUGCUAUGAUGGGGGUGAUGGUAGAAGCGACUAUGUUGAUGACGUUGGACCAGUUUCCCCGUACUCUAGCUCGAAUGGGAAGGCGUCAGUUCAAGUUGAACAGACCGUAAUUGAUGUAGUAAACUAG